AUGAGGGUCGAGCAGGGGUUCCAGCAGACGCCACUCAAGCUCCCACUGCCCUACUCGAGCGACCACGCCUUGCACUCCCUCCUCGAGCGCACCCUGCCCCACUCGAUCCACGGCAAGGUCGACGACGAACUCCGACAGUUCGAGAAGCGCAUCGCAGGGCCCAUCCGCGAGCUAGCCGCCAUCGCCGACACUCUCCCCUCGUCCGUCGAGCCCUCCGUCACCCAGUUCGACCAAUGGGGCCAACGAGUCGACAAGCUGCACACUUCGACGUCGUGGCAGCGACUGAAGGGAAUCGCGGCCGAGGAGGGACUCGUCGGGAUUGCGUUCGAGCGCGACGAGGCAGAGUUCAGCAGGACGAGGGUGUUUGCAAAGAGCUACCUCUUCGCGCCGGACGGCCUCUACGUCGGCUGCCCUCUCUCGAUGACCGACGGCUGCGCACGCGUUCUCGAGCUCGUCGGUACCGAGCAGCAGAAGCGCGAGUACAUCCCCUUGCUUUGCAGCCGCGACCCGACGAAGGCAUGGACCGCAGGACAAUGGAUGACCGAGCGUCCAGGCGGGUCGGACGUCUCCCUAACCGAAACGACCGCUCGUCCCCUCUCCCCCAACUCGACCCCCAAACCAGGGGACAAGUUCGUCCUGGACGGCUUCAAGUGGUUCAGUAGCGCGACGGACGGAGAUGUGGCGCUUGCGUUGGCGCGGACAGGAGGGAAGGGGAGUAAGGGAUUGAGUCUUUUUUUGAUUCGGCUGAGGGACGAGCAGGGGAGGACGAACGGGGUCUUCGUGCAUCGGUUGAAGAAGAAGUUUGGGACAAAGGCCCUCCCAACCGCCGAACUGUCCAUCGAAGGCGCAAUAGGCGAACUCGUCGGUCCCCUCAACAGCGGCGUCAAAACCAUCUCUUCAGUCCUAAACAUCACGCGUCUCCACUCGUCAAUCUCCUGCCUCUCGUCCCUCACGCGCGCGCUGCAGCUCGUCAAGGCUUUCGCGGAGGUGAGGCAUAUCGCGGGCGAUUUGGGCGCGAAGUUGAGCGACAACGCGAUGCAUACGAGUACGAUUGCAGGGUCGGAGAUCGUCCAUCGUGCGGUUCUGCAGCUAUCGUUCGGGACGAUCUCGUUGCUGGGAAAGACGGAGACGGACAAGGCGAGUGCGGGCGAGAAGGCGCGACUGAGGUUGCUCACGCCCGUCGUCAAGGCGUUCGCGGCCGAUUUGACCACGAGCGAGUUGCCGAGGUUGAUGGAGGGACUGGGAGGGCAGGGCUACAUGGUUGAGAAUCAGUUUGCGAGGCUCAUCGCCGACGCAAAUGUCGAGCGUAUCUGGGAAGGAACGACGAGCAUCCUCGCGCUCGACGUCGUCCGUGUUGCGGCGCAGACUAAGGGCGGUGCUAUCAAGGAGUUCGUUAGCUGGGCGCACCAAGUCCUCUCCUCCACCUCCUCAUCUCUCCCCUCGCUCUCCUCGUCCUUCUCAACCCUCAAAUCCCGCCUCGACCUCCUCGCCUCAGCCACCCACUCGCUCCUCACUCCCCCUCUCGACCUCCUUCUCCCGCGCCCGCUCCUCUUCCUAAUCGGCUACCUCGCGUCCUCCCUCCACCUGAUCGAACAAGCCGCGUGGUCUGCCUCUCGCCAGCGCGAGGAAGCAGCGAUGGAUGCGUGGGUCGUGGAGAGGUGGGUGGGCGAUGGAGGAGCGAGGGAGGUGGAGAGGAGGGUUAGGGAGUGUGUUGGGAUGAAGGGCGAGGAGAGGGAGAGGGAGAUGACGAGGGAGAGGGAGGUCGUGUAUGGCUUUGCGAGGGAGGGGAGGAGCAAGUUGUAG